AUGUAUUUUUCCUCUGGUCUUCAUGUUUUAAAAUGCUUUCAUAUAUUGUUUUAUCAAGUUACUUUACCAUCCUUUUCCCAAUCAUUUAAUUAUGCCAACUUGUCAACAAAAUAUAUGCUUAUUCUCACGUUUAAUCUUUUCCAAUUUCAUAAAUUGCUGCUUUUUGGCUUACAAUAUUCUAUCUGGAACAAUUUGGCCAUACUGUCCACAAUUUGGCCAAUACAGGAACAAUUUGGCCAUACUGUCCCUCCUGUAUGUCCAGUAUCUGAAUUCCAGGGUGAAUGUCAUAUUAAUUUCAUAAGGAAGACACAAGCAAGCUUCAGUUGGGAUUGGGGACCUUCAUUUCCAACAGUUGGCAUUUGGUAG